AACUGGCUUAACUUAAAACUGAUAUAAUUUACUAAUUUAUUGUAUUUAUUAUUUUAUUGAAUAUUAAUUUAUAGAGUUUUUAAUGUCACGGUAAAAAUGUGUUUUCCAAAAAGGGUAAAAGAGAAAUAUGGGUUCUAGCAUCCGGAUUAAAAUUGAGCCGGCUAUUCUAGAAUCCGGACUAAAGUUGACCCAACCAUGCCUAUAGCGUGGUCAUCGUAUAUGAUAGAAAUGUGGUUAUAUUAUGUAACAUAUAAGUCGAGGAAAAUUAACGUAGUUUAGACUAUUCAAGUCAUAUACCGUAAAGGAGGAGGGCUUUAUACUUUGAUUUGUAUUUAACUUUAUAGUGGUCACCACAAACCAAAUCAACAGUCAAAAGCCGUGAAGAAAACUUUAUACUAUAGUUUAUAAAUGUGAGCUCUUCAUGCUGUGAAACCAAAGUAAGUUGAACAAUGUCUUCUUGCUCCUCUUGCAUCUUCCUCUUCCUUUUCUCCUUCCUCACUAGUUAUGGAGCUUCUGCUGAAAACCCUUUUUACCUAGACCUGUUUUGCCCGAAUACGACUAGAAACAGCAUUUACUUCACCAAUAAUCGCGAAGCCGUCUUGUCCUCUCUCCGAAACGCUGCAUACUCCACCGAAUUCCAAAACGCAACGGCAGGACAAGCCCCCAACAAGGUCUACGGACUUUUCCUUUGCCGGGGAGACAUGACGCCAGAAGUUUGUCUUAACUGCGUAACGUAUGCCGUCAACCAAAUCUUAGCACGGUGUCCGAAUGGGAAUGAAGCCGUUAUCUACUACGAGGAGUGUAUCCUUAGAUACUCUCACAAGAAUAUUUUCUCUGUCCUUACACUCGAAGGAAGACAUAUCAGGAUGAACGUUAAUAAUAUUUCGUUGAACCAAGAAGUCCGUUUCCAAGAACAGGUGUCGUCCAUGUUGAACCGAGCAGCGUUCGAGGCAGCGAACAGUCCUAGAAAGUUCAACACGACACAGGCUAUUUUUACCACAGUCCAGACUUUGUACGUCUUGGCUCAGUGCACUCCUGAUCUUACUACACGAGACUGCUUGACCUGUUUGCGAUCCACCAUCAAGGGAAUGCCUCUUAACAGAUACGGAGGAAGACUUCUCUGGCCUAGUUGUAAUACAAGGUACGAGCUUAACAAAUUCUACAACGAAACCGCCAUUAGAACAUCUCCUCCACGAUUUGGGAAAGGCGGGAAUUCAAAUGUGUUAGUCGUAUCCGUCGUUGUGCCUAUAAUAGUGGUUGUUCUAAUUCUCGGAGCUUGUUAUUGCUUCCUUGCAAAGAGAGCAAAGAAGACUUCUGAUACUGCACCAGACUUUGAUGGAGAUGGGAUAACAACCAUAGAGUCGUUGCAACUUGAUUAUAAAACAAUUCAAGCUGCAACAGAUAAUUUUUCAGAAAAUAAUAAGAUUGGUCAAGGUGGAUUUGGUGAAGUUUACAAGGGUACAUUUUGGAAUGGGACUGAAGUUGCAGCGAAGAAACUGUCAAAAUCGUCAGGACAAGGUGACAAAGAGUUUAUGAACGAGGUUGUUGUUGUUGCAAAGCUUCAGCAUAGAAACUUGGUUAGGCUUCUAGGAUUUUCUCUAAACCGAAAAGAAAGGAUAUUGGUCUACGAGUAUGUGCCCAACAAAAGCCUUGAUUACUUCCUCUUUGACACUGCAAAGCAAGGCCAGCUGGACUGGUCCCGACGAUACACAAUCAUUGAAGGGAUUGUUCGGGGGAUUCUAUAUCUUCAUCAAGAUUCACGAAUCACAAUCAUACACCGUGACCUUAAGGCGAGUAACGUACUCCUAGAUGCGGAUAUGAAUCCAAAAGUUGCUGAUUUUGGAAUGGCGAAGAUCUUUGGAAUUGAUCAAACCCAAGGGAACACAAGCAGAAUAGUUGGUACCUACGGUUACAUGUCUCCUGAAUAUGCCAUGCAUGGCCAUUUCUCAAUGAAAUCAGAUGUCUAUAGCUUUGGAGUGUUAGUUCUUGAAAUUAUAAGUGGAAAGAAGAACAGCAAAUUCUACGAGAAAGACGGCGCACAUGACUUGGUCACAUAUGUUUGGAGGCUUUGGAGUAACGGAACAACAUUAGACAUUGUGGAUCCUGUUAUUUUAGAUAAUUGCCAAAAGAGUGAAGUGGUUCGAUGUAUCCAUAUCGGUCUUUUAUGUGUUCAAGAAGAUCAUAUAGAGCGUCCGACCAUGCGAACCAUUUUAAUGAUGCUCACUAGUAAUACAGUGACUUUACCAGUGCCUCGACAACCAGGGUUUUUCGUCCAGAGUAGGCCCCAAAAUGACCCGCUUAAUUCAGAUCAAUCAAGGACAAGCAACUCUUUUCCAGGGUCUCUCGACGAUGCAUCAGUCACUGAGUUAUCUCCUCGUUGA